AUGGGAGCUUACCAGCCGCUGCAGCAGCAGCAGCACCAUGGCCAGAAGCACUCGAGCAGUACCGCCGCCGGCGGCGGCUGCGGCUACUUCCUGCCAAGAACCGUCGUGACGUGGCUCGCCGCCGCCUGCCUGUCGCUUGCUCUCCUCCACCUCCUCUGCUGCUCCCCUCCCGGUGGCCAUGAAGCUGUCUUUGCGCCUCUGCUCCAGUACUUCAAUGGCACUUACUCCUACAUCUCGGUGGGCGGCGGCGGCGGCGGAGGAGGAGGAGGGGUGGAGAGCUCGUCGUGCGACUACUCGGAGGGGCGGUGGGUGUGGGCGCCGGGGCACGCGCGGCGGUACAACGGGACGGCGUGCAACGUCAAGCCGGAGCAGGACUGCAUCCGCAACGGGCGGCCGGAGACCGGGUACCUGGACUGGCGGUGGCAGCCGGCCGGGUGCGGGCUCCCGGCGUUCGACGCGGCGGCGUUCCUGGCGGCGGUGCGCGGCAAGCACGUGGCGUUCGUCGGAGACUCGAUGGCGCGCAACCAGGCGGAGUCCCUCCUCUGCCUCCUCGGCGCCGCGUUCCCGUACGACCUCGUCGACCAGGACGCCGAGCACUACAAGCGGCAGUUCACGCGGUGGGCGUUCCCGUCGCACGGCGUGACGCUGUCCACCUACUGGGCGCCGUUCCUCGUCAGGUGCGGCGGGAAGCCGUUCAACUACAGCAUGCCGUACAACCUCGUCUACCUCGACGAGCUCGGCAGCCGGUGGGACGCCGACGCCGGCACGAUGGACGUGGUGGUGCUCACCGCCGGGCACUGGUUCUGGAACCCGGCCGUGUACCACCGGCGCGGCGAGGUGGUCGGCGUGCACGCGCACCCGGAGCUCAACCACACCGAGAUAGGCUUCACGUCGCCGUACCGCGAAGCGUUCCGGAUGGCGCUGGAGCGGCUCGCCUCCGACGGGCGGCGGCGGACCGUGGUGCUGGGCACCUUCGCGCCACCGCACUUCGAGGGGAAGCCCAUCUUCGACCCGACGGCGUGCACGAAGACGGAGCCGUACAAGGAGGGCGAGAAGGAGCUGGGCAGCAUCGAGACGGAGAUGAGGACCAUCGUGUUCGAGGAGGCCGCGGCGGCGGCGGAGAGGGACGCUGGCGGCGGCACCACGACGAUGAGGAUUGCGGUGCAGGACGUGACGAGGCUGGCGUCGAUGCGGCCCGACGGGCACCCGGGGCCGUACAUGCACCGCGACCCGUUCGCGCGCGGCGUGCCGGAGCGGAUGCAGACGGACUGCCUCCACUCCUGCCUCCCCGGCCCGGUCGACACCUUCAACGAGAUACUCCUCCAGAUCCUCGAGAGGAUGCGCUGA